AUGGCUCCAACUGCGACUACUGAAGAGAACAAGCAAACCUCCAAAGGUUACGAUUUCGGUACCCAAGGGUCCCACAAUAUCUCAAUGGGUGGAGAACAUCCAUACAGAAAACCAGAUUUCACUGACAAGCUUGCUGAAAGAAAACACAUGCUUGAACAUGCCGCUGCUACUUUCCGUAUUUUUGCUCGAAAAGGUUACGAUGAAGGUGAAGCUGGUCAUUGCUCCAUGCGUGAUCCAAUUGACAAAGACACUUUCUGGAUCAAUCCAUUGGGAGUUCAUUUCGGUUUAAUUAGAGCUCAAGAUUUGGUCCAUGUUACUGAAAAGGGAGAAAUCUUGCCCGAUGGAAAUCAGGCUCCUAUUAAUGCUGCUGGUUUUGCUAUUCACUCAUCUUUGCAUCAAGCUAGACCGGAUGUUAAUGCUGCUUGCCACACACAUUCAGUGCAUGGAAAGGCUUAUUCCACAUUUGGUAAACCAUUGGAAAUGAUCAAUCAAGAUGUUUGUGUCUUCUACAACAACCAAGCCGUUUACGAAAAAUUCGGUGGUGUUGCUUUGGAAAAGGAUGAAGGUAGGGCCAUUGCUGAGGCUGCUGGUGAUGUUCGCUGUGUCAUUUUGCAAAACCACGGUUUGUUAACCAUGGGUCUGACUAUCGACGAAGCCGCUUACUUGUUUACCUUGAUGGACAAAUCUUGUCAAGCCCAAUUGAUGGCUGAUGCUGUUGACCAAAAAGUCAAGCCUAAGCAAAUCAUCCCUGAUCAAGAAGCUCACUACAGUGCGUAUGUCACUAAUGAUCCUGAUACUUUAUAUGCUGCUUUCCAGCCAGAUUACAAUUUACAAGUUAAGUUGGAUAACGGUGAAUUCUUGCUUCCACGAUAA